AUGAAGCUCAUCCUUUUCGCCGUCGUUUUUGGUGUGUCCUGUGCAUUGGUAAUUCCGAAGGAACGCGACUGCGACACCAAAUGUGAACAGCUGAAGUGCCCACUGUGUGAAUUUUUGGUGCAGAAUUCUGAGAAAUGGAUCGGGAAGGAAGGGGAAAAAGACGAGGCAAAAAUUGUUCAAAUGUGUGAGAGCAUCUUCAAAUUCACGGGCCAGCAGUUUGAUCAGUUCCUCUGCGAUGAAGUAGUCAAAAACAUGGCUGAUGAAAUCAUCAAGGACCUGGAGGACGAGCAGGAAACGGAGAAAUCGGCUGAAGCUGUUUGCAAGCGCAUCGGGCAGUGCCCAGCA